CCUCGCAGUGGAGUGACUGGCCCGAAAAAGAACUACACGGUUCCUGUACCGGGAAAUUCAAUCAAAUUCGAGGGCUUGAAUCCGGAAACCAUCUACAAUAUCACCGUGCAAGCAGGCACAAGCUCCGGCUACGGUCAUAUUCUAUGGGGAACUUACAGUACUCUGGCCCCUGGACAGCGGCACAUAAUUCGGCUUGUGAAUAGGUCUCCGACAACGCUGCACGUGGAAUGGGAGCCUGUUUGGGGACGCAGCCACAGCGGUUAUACUCUGACGGCUCGAUCGCUGCACUCCGUCUAUCCAAACGUGCGCAUCAAUCAGGUGAAAACGUUCGAUGUGGAGUCGUGGGAGGAUAACUUCGUUAUCCGAGGACUUCACCCCAGUACUGUCUACAAUGUUACGCUCAAACCCAAAGAUCAUACAGAGGUCGCUUGGGGAGCUUAUGCCACACUGCCUCCUGGUUGGUUCCUUGUCAAAAACCUCAAACAGUGCGAUAAAACUAACUUCGCUGUCUCGAUGAGCUGGGAACCUGUUGAACUGGACAUGGCCACUCACUAUCAGGUUCGUUAUCUUCGGAUGAAAGAUAGUGAGGCCGGAUGGAUCGAAGAAGAUGCCCGAGAGAGCAAGGAACUACUCUGUCCCAAGGAUGGAUGCGGUCGCCUGUGCUACUUGGUCUUCAACCUGCCCCAUAAUCCUAGUGAUUACAUCUUCCAGGUUCGAGCCAAGGUCGACGGCGAAUGGAAUCACUGGAGAUCUGCACCGAGAAAGGUAAUCACCGGUGAGACUGCUGAGAUUCGUCGAAGCUGUUGUAUCGUGCCACCGCCAUACAUGGUUGAGAAUAUCGGAAGUCCCGGUUCGUGGUGGGAGGUGGACGUGAGUCCCGCGGCAACAGAAAAUGGCGUCACCCGAUAUUAUGUGGUGGUCGACGAGCGUGAUCCUCCUGGAGAAUCCAACUGGACCGAACUCACCGAUAAGGUGACAGCCAACAAGCUCAAGAUCCCUUACUAUGUGGCGGCAUCAUAUGACAUCAACACUUUGACCGAGCCGAAGAAGGUGCGAAUCGGCGACGGAACAGUAAUUGGAGGUUACCUGAACUAUCCGCUGGUGAAGGGCAAGAAGUACAACUACGAGGUGUACACCGUGUGGAACAUGACCGGAGUGCCAGUCGUGGGACGAAGUCGAGGACAAGACUGGUAUGGAGCCGCCCAUGCGGGAGACGAACUUGCGAUCGCUCGAAUCGCGCCUGGACAAAAUGCGCGGCACAGCUGA